AUGCCUAAAAUGAUAAUCGAACAUUAAUUAAUUAGUUCUAAAUGUGCCUUGAAUUUAUCCUUGAAGGGUCAUGAAACUGAAGAAAAUGCUGUUGCAGAAUUAGAAUUUCAAAGACAAAUGAGAAUUAAUUAAUUUUAUGAAACGAAGAAAUAAGCCGUAUUAGUUUGCAAUUGA